AUGAAGCACCACCAACUCAGAGUCUUUGAGGUCUCCACCACGGACGUGGCCACCCCUGGCUUCGGCUCCGACGAGAGCGCUCCCCUCAUGACCGACGUGUGGGCCAACCAGCUGUGGGAUGAGGACAAGAGCGAGGUGGUGGGCUAUGACAUUGGUCAGUGCACCAUCACCCCGGCCGUCAACAACGAGGGUCCCCUCUACCAGCUCUGCCACGUCACCCACUUCUACAACGGCGGCGCCGACCAGCUGGUCGUUUUGGGCGCCACCACCUUCGAGUCCGAGCCCCAGACUGUGUCCAUUGUGGGCGGCGCUGGCGCUUACGCUGGUGCCUACGGCAGCUGCACCUACCAGCCCUUCCCCAACUACGACGUCCACUACGUCUGCGACUUCUACACCCCGAACUAA